UGACGUACCAGCAGCUUGUGACUUGCGAAAUGGAGACAGGAGCUGUUCGUGGGAAACGAGCCUCUUCUGUUGAGUGUUUUUAGGCGUAAUUGAAAGGAGAAACUUCGCCCACAGAACACUGGACGGCAGCACAUCGGCCGACAUACGCCUCAUGAAAUGCAGCUCUCGGUAGGAUGAUCAGCAACCAAGAAGAAGAAGACGCGUUUGUAGCAGUGCGGGUUCAAGAUCCCCGCUUGCAGAAUGAAGGCUCGUGGAAUUCAUAUGUGGAUUAUAAAAUAUUCCUCCAUACCAACAGCAAAGCCUUCACAGCCAAGACGUCCUGCGUGCGUCGGCGUUACAGCGAGUUCUCCUGGCUCAAGAAGAAGCUGCAGAAGAAUGCUGGUUUGGUGCCAGUCCCAGAACUUCCAGGCAAGUCCUUCUUCUUCUUCAGCAACGAGGACUUCCUGGAGAAGAGGAGGAAAGGACUUCAGGCCUUCUUGGACAAUGUGGUGAACAUGACGGUGUGUCUGUCGGACAGCCAGCUGCACCUCUUCCUGCAGACCCAGCUGCCGGUCGGUCACAUCCUGGACUGCGUGCAGGGUCACACGCCGUACUCCGUGACGGACGCCAUCCUCACCUACGCCUCUUCCAACCGGGGCUACGCUCAGGCCCAAGAGGACGACGCCAUCAAGGAGCCAAGUUCGACCGUUUCUUACGAGUCCAUGGAGAGCCCGGCUCCCCGUCAACCCAAAGACCCCUUCAGCCCCGAGUUCUGCAGUCACUCCGAUCCUCGGGAAGGUCUACCGGAGAUCUGUGGCGCAGUCGAGCUUCCGAGCGAGGAGAACUCCUCGGUGCGGGUCGUCCAGAAGAACAACGGCCUCGAGGUCGUCGUGGAGGACCGCGGCCUGGCGGAGGCCACCUUCUUUCUGGGUGACAGCCAGGACGCCAUCGAGGGCCUCGGCCUCGCGGAACCGACGCAGCCGAGCGGCUGUCGGACACAGAUUCAGACACCGGUGGAGGUGCACUCGCCCGCCGGGGCCGGCCUGUUUGAAGAGGAGUGUUCGGUAAGGGAGGAGGGCGCGGUAAGGGAGGAGGGCGCAGACGAGACGGGUUCUCAUCCAGACGAGGAGGAGGAGCACGAGGAGGAGGAGGAGCACGAGGACGAGGAGGCGCACGAGCACGAGCAACAGGAAAGUUCCGGACAGGCGAAGACGGAAAAUGUCGACUCGGAGCCCAGAAAAUGUGCAGCAAUUUCCGAUUUACUGGACCACGACUUUGAGGAACGUGGGACUGACCGCGACGCCAGAUCUCAGGAAGUCCUGAACGCCGUCUGCUCCGAGCAGCCGGUUUUAGAAACUGACGCCGCGUCUGACGACGGCGGCGGCCUCGAACGCGUCGGCAGCACCGAAGAGUUCAAGAGCCCAGACGGACCAAACAAAGAAUCUCAGAACAAAGCGGAGACGCCACGACUGUCUGAAAUCCACGAAGAGACUGGCGAUGCGCACGGCGUCCCGGAGGUGGAAGGCAGCGGCGGCGACCUCGUUCGACACGUGCACCGGGCAGAUCUGGACGGCGAGGGGGACGGACACUCGUCUUCCAAUGAGAGCAUCGUCAAGGUCAGCGACGACGAAGACUCGACUCAGGUCAGCGGAGACGACGACGACAACGCAAAGGAGGACGGCCGCUGGUCACCAGGAGAGGACUCCAGCAGAGUCACCUUGGCUCUGCAAACAAACGGACACGCUAUGGAAGAGGAGGACAUGUCGACGCCAGAGGACAACGAGCCGCAGGACGCAUCCGAAAUGUCCUCCGGUAAAUCUCUGGAUGUUAACUUGACCGGUGAAGGUUUAACCGAAAACAGUGACUUCAGCAUCCUGGAGAGCAGCCGCACAUCUGCAGGUAAAUGUCCGGAGCAGGAGGACGCGUCCUCGGAGGAGGCCGGCGAGGUGGAGGCGCAUUAGUUCAGAGAAUCUGCUUGUUUAUGGACCGUCGUCAACAUGUUGCGGCGCCGCUCUGUUGCACAUGUGGGUUUAACUUCUUUUGUUUUUAAAACGGUGUAUAUUUAAUUGUAAGCUGUGCAUCUCCAUUAACACUCAGGUAAACUAAAUGUGGGCGCUGUUGUUCCUCCUCUGAUGAGGGUGAUUGGCCUUUUGGGACCAGCAGAGGGUGCUGAUGUUUUUUUUGGGUUUUGUUUUUUUAAUCCAUAAAGAUCUAAAGGUGUUAUUGUUGCGUAAAAAUAUGUGAUUUAAAUGUUUGUUUAAAUUGAAAUCUAGUCAUGUUGAAGGGAACUUGAGGAAAUCACAACUGAAAUAUACACUUGAAUUAAAGGAUAGAUCCACAUUUCUUUGCUUUAAAGUCUAUUAACACUGAGGACUUUUUAAAGAGCUUUUGAUGCUGUGAUUGUUCCCAUUGUCCUUGAAGGAAGUCGGUAGUCUGAGUGAGACCAAUCAAGUCUCCUUCGGUUCCAGUGGAGGGGCAGUAAGAAAAAGAGGGUUCAAAACACAACACGCUUAUUUUGUCUGACUCAGACGGAGAAACAAUCAUGGCGACCAAAAGCAGUCUGAAUCUCACACUUCAUGUUUUACUCGACCAGCGAGUCCCGUGACGAUGAUUUAUUCAGACGACAGUUCACGAUGCAAAGUAAACAAGUCACGGGCCGAUGGUUUGAGUCUCCUCCAGAAGAAACGCUGAUCGACUUUAAACUGGUUCACGAGCGUUUCUGGAUUGAGGAACUUGUUCUGAACAAAUAGUUUUAUAGGCAGCAGCGUUAACCUGAUAUUUUUUUAUAUCUGGUUAUGUUAAUUAAAUUUGAAGUAAGGAUCAGAAUUAUAAUCUGAACUCUGUGCAAUAGACACGCUACCCUUUCAGUCUUGUGAUCUUGAUAAUAAUGUGCAUUCUUGUGAUUUUCUGCUCUUACUCAUUAUUUUGUUUAAAUGAUCAAAGCUCCUGUAUGAAGGACACUUGGAAGUUUACAUGUUGUUUCCCCUCAAACUAUUGAGUUCAUUGUCUGUAGUGCUGCCUCUUUUCUAACAAUAAUUGGUGGAUGAGAGUUGUUUUGAAGUGUGGUUAUAUGAAGUACUCAUUGUGGGGGUUUUAGCUUCAAUUUAAGUUUAUGUUAGAAUAUUUUCACCUUUUUACUAAAGCCUUUGUCUAUUUUCUCUUAAAAGCCACCAGACUCGACAGACAACUAAUUAAUGGAAUAGUACUUCAUAAAAACCACACUUCAAAAAUAAAAACGAUGACAUGGUGAUUUUAUUUAUUUCAUUGUUUGAAUACAGUUGGUUUGAUCUCAACAUUUUUUCCACACACUACUGUUAUCACUUUUUAAUAAAGGGACCUAGUUUCACUGGUUUAUUGUCCCGAAAUUGCACAGAAAUGAGCCUCAUCACUACGUGGAUUAUUAAAUACUGGGUAUUACUUUCUUUCUACACUAAGUGAGGUUGUUGUGUUUUUCAGAUUUGUUUAUUAAAAGUAGUUUUUUUAAUAUUAAGAGCAACAAGAACCUGAGUGAUUGGGUCCAUGUCAAUUGUAUUGCAUUUCAAAUAAAUAGUUGUUCUUCUUUA